AUGUACACCACCGUUGCAGCCAACACUCGCGCUCUCAACUCAGGCAUGGCCUACUGGACUGAAGCCAACACUAUUCCGGCUGGACCGCAAAACGUUCCUCCAUCGCCUCAACAGCAGACACGCCCACCCAAGAAGAGUAGAUUCGCUCGACUCCGUAACUUCUUGCGUCUUGACGCCAACACUAAUGAUCAUGGUCGUUCUUGUAGGUGUAUCAGAUGUCUGCAGGUUCGUGGUCAACUUACUAUCCAAGUCAUUCAAGAGCCUCGACCUUCUUUUAGUCCAGCUACACCUCGUCGUGCUCCAACUCCUCCGAGACGUAGAAAUUCAAGUCCGCAGAUUUCGAGAACUAGCCCGCCACUCGAGAGACCUGUUGCCAAACGUAUUCAGACUGGAGUCAACAACAAGCCUCUUCCUUACAUACCCUCUCUGACCCCUCAGCCUCCCGGCGCUUCCGGUUAUAUCCCACCUCAGCCUGUGCGUGGUCCGAUUCGCAGAAAGCCUCUGCCUCCUGGUGCUUCUGUAUUCAUUCCCAAUCAGCCACCUAAACAGCCUUUUGAACCCUCUGAUCCUGUCUCACCCAUCUCACCUUCAGCUCAGAACGCUUGCUUUGAUAGCGUACCGAUAAGCCCUGUUUCUCCGGCAAUCUCCAUGACUGCUUCAGAGCCCGACUUUGAUCAGACCAGAAUUAAUCGCAUGAGCACUUAUUCGUACCUUGAUGGUAAUACUGACCUGUCUGCUUUUGCGACCACCCCAUACGCCGAGACCUUUGCCAUCAGAAGUGCGACUCCUAUCUCCUUUCGAAAGGCUAAACCUGUCGAGGUCUGGGCUCCUGUGAGAUCUGCCACCCCCUUUCGCCCACGCAUUGAACGUCCCAAGCUGACUUUACAACUUAGAUCGGUUUCUGUCAAUCGCCCCGAGAUUCUUCGUAGUCCUAGUAUUAAUCCCAUGGGCUGUGUCGCUGGUUCGCAAGAGAACUCGCCGAGUAGUGCUUCAACUGAUGGUGCUUCAGACACCUCGACUGACAAUGGUUCGCUAGGUACCCACGCUAGAAUUCUCAAAAAGGUUCUGGUCGAGUCUUUGGAAGGUAGGUCUCUGAUCAGAGAUUCAUUCGUUCCCAAGUAA